AUGACUAUGUAUCCUUCAUCUGGAAUGGUAGCGACCCCACAACAAGGGACUAGUCCAAUCACUCAAAAUGGAAGUACUACAUUACCUCGGUCACACCAUCAAAGGACAGGACGGCCACCUGCAGCUCCAAAAUCCUAUGACUACUUACUAAAGGUACUUUUGGUUGGAGACUCAGAUGUAGGUAAACAAGAAAUCCUUCAGGAUCUUGAGGAUGGCUCGGCCGACUCACCAUUUUGUAGUGGCAGUGCCUAUAAAACGACAACAAUCCUGUUGGAUGGAAAGAGAGUGAAACUUCAGCUAUGGGAUACUUCAGGACAGGGGCGAUUCUGUACCAUAAUACGAUCCUACUCCCGCGGGGCGCAAGGCAUUCUUCUUGUUUAUGACAUCACCAACAAGUGGUCCUUUGACAGCAUUGACAGGUGGCUUGAAGAAGUCGAAAAGCAUGCACCAGGAGUUCCGAAGGUCCUCGUGGGUAAUCGUUUACACCUCGCUUUCAAACGACAAGUACAGGAACGGGACGCGGAACUAUAUGCCGCCAAGAACCACAUGGCGUUUUUUGAAGUGAGCCCCUUGUGUGACUUCAACAUCAGAGAGAGUUUCUGUGAACUGUCGCGGAUGGCGCUACAUCGAAAUGGCAUGGAGAGACUAUGGAGAAGCAAUAAAGUACUCAGCCUCCAAGAGCUAUGUUGCCGUGCAAUAGUAGCACGUACAUCGGUGUACGGGUUGGAGAGGCUCCCUUUGCCGACGGCGCUGAAGUCCCACCUCAAGUCGUACGCGAUCUCUGCCGCGCCCAGUCGGCAUCGAGCGCGAGCACAUAAACACUCGCAUCACACGCGACUCAACUGUACCGGCCGUAACUCCUGCAACAUCGCCUGA